ACCCCACCUUGCAAGGUUACCGCACGAUCUCUUAGGUUUUCAAAGAUCAACAAUUGCACAUGGCAUAUGAAAUUCUAGUGCUACUAAAACUCUUUUUCCAAACAUACGAAACCUACCGGAAUUUUUUUACUUGAUUGUUAUCCAAAUUAAGAUUAGUAUUGUUAAUCCUAUUUUAAUCAUACUUAUCCUAUUUAUCUUCGUAAGCCUAUAAAUACAUCCCUAGUCCAUCUUUCCAUUCACAGUCUCAUAAAGUCAUACCAUAUUCAUCUUUCUUUCUCGUUGCUGAGAUUUUAUUCUUUGAUUUCUGAUAUUCUUUUUUUUGGAGAGAUAUAAUGGAGAUUGAUUUGACACCCAAAUCAUCAAAGUCUGUGUAUGGAAGUGAUGGUGGAUCAUAUUUCUCAUGGUCACCAUCUGAUCUUCCAAUGCUCAAAGAAGGUAACAUUGGAGCUUCCAAAAUUGCUCUUCAAAAGAAUGGUUUAGCUAUGCCUAGCUAUUCUGAUUCUGCCAAGGUUGCUUAUGUUCUUCAAGGAAGUGGUACUGCUGGUAUUAUCCUUUAUGAAGCUGAAAAAGAGAAAGUGAUUGCAGUCAAAGAGGGUGAUGCAAUCGCCCUACCAUUUGGUGUUGUUACCUGGUGGUUCAACAAAGAUGAUAGCGAACUUCUAGUUCUUUUCAUGGGUGAUACCUCAAAAGGUCACAAGGCUGGUGAAUUUACAGAAUUUGCGCUAACUGGUGCCAAUGGUAUUUUCACUGGAUUUACUCCUGAAUUUGUUGGUCGAGCUUGGGAUUUAGAAGAAGACAAGGUUAAGGUGCUUGUUGGAAGCCAAAAAGGCACUGGAAUUAUCAAGGUGAAUGAUGGUUUUAAGUUGCCUGAGCCUAGUGAGGCAGACAGGAAAGGGAUGGCUUUGAACUGCUUAGAAGCACCUUUAGAUGUUGAUAUUAAGAACGGUGGUCGUGUCGUUAUCUUGAGUACCAAAAAUUUGCCUUUGGUUGAACAGGUUGGACUUGGUGCUGAUCUCGUCAGGAUUGAUGCUGGAUCAAUUUGCUCGCCAGGAUUCUCUUGUGAUUCAGCUUAUCAGGUGACCUAUAUUGUUAGGGGAAGUGGUCGUGCUCAGAUUGUUGGUGUUGAUGGCAAGCGUAAGCUUGAACUAAGAGUCAAGGCUGGUGACUUGUUCAUCGUUCCAAGGUUUUUUGUCGUCUCAAAGAUUGCUGAUGGGGAGGGCAUGGAUUGGUUUUCGAUCAUCACUACUCCCAACCCAAUCUUCUGCCACUUAGCAGGAAGGACAUCAGUCUGGAAGGCAUUGAACUCGCAGGUUCUUGAGGCGUCUUUCAAUGUUUCACCUGAAGCCGAGAAGCAUUUCCGUUCCAAGAGGCUUAAUGCUGAAAUCUUCUUCCCUGCACCCUAAAAGUCUGGCUCUUCAUUAUGAAAUAUGAAGAAACAUUACAAUUUACUUCUUUUGAUUUGCAACCUAGAUAAUAAGUGAGAAGACUGAGAUUGUCCGUCUCCAAUGACCGUCUUCAGUUUUUUUAGUGUUUAUAUUUGAGAUAAGUUUAUCUGGUCAAGUUUUUGUAGUAGAUGUUUCUCUUUCACCUUUUAUGUGAACAUUGGUUUGGUUUUAUUGAAACAGUUUAUUUUGGUGAUUACA